UCAAUAGAAGCCCCUUGAACCAUGUGCUUAGAGACACCCAAACUCCACAAGCAUAACGUCCAAUCAUGUUAUACACAAAUCCAAAAAACUCAAAUGCUCUAGAAAAAAUGAUCAAACUUUACCACACUCAUGAACUUCCCCCAAAUCAAUGUUCUUCAAUUCUGGUCCAAACAAUCGAUGCACCUCUUCCCUUAGUAUGGUCUUUGGUUCGAAAAUUCGACAAGCCGCAAUGCUACAAGAAUUUCAUCAGCAGCUGCACUCUACUUUCUGGUGAUGGUGGUGUUGGCAGUAUAAGGGAAGUGACCUUAGUUUCUGGAUUUCCUGGUAAAAAAAGCAUAGAAAGGUUCGAUUUUCUUGAUGAUGAUAUGCAUGUGAGUGUGUUUAGUGUUGUUGAUGCGGAUCAUAGUUUCUUGAACUUCAAAUCUACUAUCACUUUGCAUGAGGAUAAAGAAGAAGAUGAUCAUGGGCUAAAGAAAUAUACAAGUAAGACAGUGGCUAUUGAGUCUUAUGUAGUGGAUAUUCCUGAAAAUAGUUGUAAAGAGGAUACGUGUGAGGUGACUGAUAAUAUCUUGAGAUGGAACCAUAGGUCAUUGGCUUGGGUUGCUGAAAAUAUGGCUACUUCUGGAGUUUCUUCCCUGGAGUUGAACAAAACUGAAAUUGCUUGUUAGAUUUCUUUUUAUAUGAUCCUCCUAGCUCUUUUUUUUUUCUUCCGAAUAUUGAUGUGUUAGUUAUCCACA